ACGAUUUGCGCAGGAUUUUGUGAUGAACGCAGAUGUCAGAAGCUGCUCGUCAUCCAGCGCCAUUGCAGACCUUCAGGAGGAUGAGGAUGGUGUUUACUUCAGCUCCUAUGGGCAUUAUGGGAUACAUGAAGAGAUGCUAAAGGAUAAAGUGCGUACAGAAAGCUAUCGUGACUUCAUCUAUCAAAACCCACAUAUUUUCAAGGACAAGGUGGUUUUGGAUGUUGGCUGUGGAACUGGAAUACUCUCCAUGUUUGCCGCCAAAGCAGGCGCCAAGAAAGUGAUUGGAGUCGACCAGUCUGAGAUUAUCUAUCAGGCCAUGGACAUCAUUAGAUUAAAUAAACUUGAAAAUAUCAUUACAUUAGUCAAAGGAAGAAUUGAAGAAGUAGAUCUGCCUUUGGAAAAAGUGGACGUAAUUAUAUCUGAAUGGAUGGGUUAUUUCCUUCUCUUUGAGUCGAUGCUGGAUUCUGUCAUCUAUGCAAAGAACAAGUACCUGGCAGAGGGAGGCUCAGUUUAUCCUGACAUUUGCACCAUUAGUCUAGUAGCUGUUGGGGAUAUGAAUAAACAUGUGGACAAGCUACUUUUCUGGGAAGAUGUGUAUGGUUUUGACAUGUCUUGCAUGAAGAAAGCUGUAAUUCCAGAAGCUGUUGUGGAAGUGCUGGAUCCAAGCACACUGAUAUCUACAGCCACUGUCAUUAAGCAUAUUGACUGUAACAUUGCAUCCACUCCAGACUUAGAAUUCUCUUCGGAUUUCACCCUGACCAUUACAAGCAGCACAAAGUGUACGGCAGUUGCUGGUUAUUUUGAUGUAUUUUUUGAGAAGAACUGUCAUAACAAGGUCUUGUUUUCAACUGGUCCCCAGUGUGCCAAAACACACUGGAAACAGACAGCUUUUCUCCUGGAGAAACCAAUUCCUGUAGAAGCAGGAGAGGCCCUGAGAGGAAAGAUAACGGUCCGCAAAAACAGAAAGGAUCCACGGUCCCUCUUUAUAACCCUUUCAGUGAAGGACACACAGCAGACCUACAGCCUUCAGUGA